GUCACAUAGCAAGCGCAAUUCCAAAACUGCUGUUAACAGGAAGAUACUGUAUUUAUGUGAUUUAUAGCAGUUAGCGAUUAUAGGAAGAAUCAAUGUAUGGGCAUCGCAUACCUUCUUUUGCUAAAACCUGUAAUACUGAAAUGAGCUCGACGCUGUUUUGGAGCACAUGUAUUUAGAAAUAAAAUCAUCAAUUGAAAUAUUUGUCAUAAAUACUAAAUAAUACCACUUUGAUCACUUUUUCCAUACAUGCAGGCCAAUACUCCAAACUCGGGCACUGGUGCAUCUGAGGAUGAGUGGAAGCCUGAGGAUUACAGGCCAAGCAAGCAAAAUAUUAAUGACAUCAAGACACCUAAGGGGAAUGAGCCGGUGCCGAUUGGAGAGGGAUACGCAACAGUGCCAGCCAGGGUCCUUAAGCAAAUUGAUUGGAGAUCAUACACUAGUGCGACAAGGAAACUGUUGACUUCGGUGUUUACACGCCGAGAGUUAGCGACUCAUUCAUUGACCGGGAAAUCUUCUCCUGCCUUCCCGGGAAAACCUGCGAAGAAACGUCUCGAUCCCGAGCUCGUCAAUGACAUCGUGCAGAUUGUCGUUGAAAAAUCAAAGGUCAACGCAAGCUUGGUGCGAACGACUAUAACUACGAAAUGUGCUGAUGAGAGCAAAAUGUACCGCAGUCGUCAAAAGAAUAAAAAUAAACGCCUGUCGAACCAAGAAAACUUUCCUCCAUCGCCGCAUAAUGAUUAAUGAAACUUCUUCUUGUUUAGAUAACAAGAACAUAUCAUAAAACCUACCUACUUAAACCUUUGUAGUUUUUUUAUUUAAGAAAGCAUGAAUUUUAUUAUUGUACUAAAAGUUUUAUAUUUUUAACGAACUUAGAAUAUAAGUAUGAAGUAUGAACUAACUAGCUGUAUUGUAACUUAUAAAUUUUACAUUUAAUUGUAAGAAAAUUAUGGAAUCCCAGUGCAAUUAGCUUAGUAUAUUUGAUUAUUUAUCUUAAAUUGUAUUCAUGUAAUAAAUAAUAAUUUAUAAAUUUAUAAAUAUUUACAUUUUUAUGUGUAUGUCUCUUUUAAAUCAAUAAGAUUGCCUGACUUUAAAGGGUACCUCAUUAAAAUGAACACAUGCGAUACAUAUAUCAAUUUGUAUCAUCUAAUAGUUUAAAUCUACGAUAUUAGGUAGCGUAGUAGUUUUCAUUAAUGAUUAGUAAUUUACCAGAUGUUGGUAUGUUUUAUUUAUUUUUGCUGUAAGUUUAUUUCAACUACUCAAUUUAUUUUGUAUAAUUUCAUAUAGGUACAAUAUCUCUUUCUUGUUUAAUGGCCAAAAUCAAGUAUAACGCAACUGAUAUAUUUAUAUA